AUGUUGCAGCUCGUCUGGCUGAUCACAGGUUGCAGCUCUGGCAUCGGCGAAGCGCUCGCAAGGGCCAUCCUCAAGCGUGGCGACAAGGUCGUGGCCACUUGUCGGGCGCCAGUGGAUCGACUGAAGCACCUCGAGGAUGCUGGCGCCACGAUUCUCGAGCUUGAUGUGACGGCCGACCAGGCAGUCCUCAAUGCAGUCGUUGAGGAGGCGGUGGAGGCGUACGGAAGGAUAGACGUUGUUGUUCCCAAUGCGGGAACGCUGAGAGCAGUCAUGUCGGAGGAGAUGUCGCAAGAGGAGUGGGACGGUAUGCUGCGUACGAGCUUCUUCGGUGUCGUGAAGACCGUGAAUGCGGUACUGCCCCAUUUCCGAAGCCGACGCGCUGGUACCAUUUCUUUCAUGAACUCGGUCAAUGCAUAUGCACCCUUCGCUGGAGUUGCUGGGUACAUCGUGAGUAAACAUGCAGUCGCUGGCUAUGCAAAGACACUCGCAAUGGAGCUCGUAGAGUUCGACAUCAAGCCCAUCCUGUUCGAGAUUGGCUUCAUCCGAACACCACUGCUUGCGACGUCCACACACGAGGACCCGAAGAUUCAAGACUACCAAGCGUUAUGGGACAAAGGGGUGCAGGGUGUGGUAGAGGCGCUUGCCGAUAAUCAGCCCGGAGACGUGGACAAGCUGGCCGAAGGUAUCAUCGAUGUUGUCAAGCAGCCGGACCGGAAGAGCACGAUUGUUCCGAUGGGGAAGGACACGCUCGAGACUCUGCGGACGUAUGCGGACAGUCUGAAAGCAGCGUGUGACGAGUUCGAGGAUGUUGCAAACAGUGUUGAGCGAGACGAGCCCAGGAGGGGUGGUUUUGCGCAGUUGAGUCAGUAUUGGCUUCUGUACUCGGCGGCGGCCUCCAGCCCAUCACCAUCACCGGCCCCGGAUAUUGCGCCCCGAAAAUGGUCGACGCCGCUCGCGAAGACAAUAGCUGAUGCCAUCGAGGUCACUGGCCCGAUAUCCCUGGCAGCGUACAUGCGGCAGUGCCUCACCUCAGACCUCGGUGGCUACUACACAACCGAAAAUACAUCGAUAGACCAGUUCGGAAAGAAAGGAGACUUCAUCACGUCUCCGGAGAUAUCGCAAGUGUUCGGCGAGCUGGUCGGUGUAUGGUUCCUGAGCGAGUGGAUGGGUCAAGGUAGACCGAAAGAGAGCGUACAGUUCAUUGAGCUUGGCCCUGGGCGAGGCACACUCAUGAGUGAUGUGCUGCGCACUGCGGCACAGUUCAAGGCAUUUUCGAGCAGUAUACGUGAAGUCUGGAUGGUUGAGGCUGGUCAGGCUCUUCGACAGAAGCAGUGUGAGCUACUCUGCGGCACGCAGCAGAUGACUGAGAGCUAUGAAGAACUUGGCGAGAGCAAGUGGAAAUGGUGGGAAGCAACUUCCAAGCCCGAGUAUGGUUCUGUCAAGGUCAAGUGGGUCGAGGACAUAGUCCUGCUUCCUCCUUCAGCUCAGUCAGUGCGUGACAGUCCGAAGACACCCUUCAUCAUCGCCCACGAAUUCUUCGAUGCUCUGCCCAUCUCCGCCUUCGAGUCCGUGGCGCCCACUGCGCAAGAUCAAAAGCCAGCACCUCUACUCGACAAAGCUGGCGUGCCUAUGGUUCGCCAACCAUCUUCCAGCAAGACACCGCAAUGGCGGGAGCUUCUUGUUACGAGGACCGAGCCGAAGAUCGAUCUAAAGGGUCUUCUUCGCACCGAAGCCGAGAAAGAACGAGACGACGCUGCCAUAGGCAAGGAUGACACUCAGUCACUGCCUGAUGACUUUCGCCUCACAGUCGCACACGCUUCAACUCCAGCCUCACUGCUCCUGCCUGCUCGACCUCGCUACCGACAUCUUCAGUCCCAAGUUGGGUCCCGCGUCGAGAUCUCGCCAGAGACCGCGCGUUACGCAGGCGCCAUCGCCCACUUGAUUGGUGGGAGGACAGCUUCGCAGAGCAAGCAGCAAAGUCCCGCGCCUAGCGGUGCAGCUCUGAUCAUCGACUACGGUCCACUCGACAACAUCCCGAUCAACUCACUCCGCGGCAUAAAGUCUCAUCAGAUAGUCAGUCCCUUCAAACAUGCCGGUGAAGCCGACCUCAGUGCAGAUGUAGACUUCGGCGCACUGGCGGAUAGCAUGCUCGAGGCGAGUGAGGGCGUCGAGGUACACGGACCGGUCGAGCAGGGGACGUGGCUGGAGCAAUUGGGGGUGCGGGAGAGGGCGGGGAGGGUUGUGAAGCAGAUGCAGGGGGCGAAGCAAGAUGAGGAUAUGCAGGAAAAGAUCAAAAGCUUCGAGUCCGGGUGGAAGCGCUUGGUCGAGGCGGGGCCCAGAGGGAUGGGCAAGGCCUAUAAAGUCAUGGCUGUCUUACCCGAAGGAGGCGGAAAGAGACGGCCAGUGGGCUUCGGCGGACAAGUCGUCGGCUGA